AAUGACCUUCCUAGAAUCACUCUCAUGCCACGAAAUUUGAAACGAGAGAAUUCCAAGCCAUGUUUUGCCUUUAUGUAUCUUGUAGAUAAUAAACAAUCGAACUUGAGAGGCUCAUAUACCGAACGUCUCGAAAUAAUACCCGGGGCGGGAGAUUCAAUUAAGCGAGAUUCAGAAGCGGAAAUUUCACCUCGACCGUCAAUAGGUUUAGCUAAAGCAUUUAUAACACGACCCAAAAAAGCCUCACUUACGGGUAUCUGAGCAAUUUUUCCUGUUGCUUUUACAGAGCUUCCCUCUUGUAUCAUUAACCCGUCACCCAUUAAUACAACACCAACAUUAUUUGAUUCCAGAUUCAGAGCAAUACCUAUUGUACCCUCUUCAAAUUCUACUAAUUCACCUGCCAUGACUUCAUCAAGACCAUAAAUACGAGCAAUGCCGUCACCUACUUGAAGUACGGUACCGGUAUUAACAUUUUUAAUAUAUAAACAUGAAAUGAGUGCAAUGACAAAAAUGACCUUCCUAGAAUACUCUCAGGCCACGAAAUUUAAAAUGCGCGAAUUCCAACCUAUGUUUUGUCUUUUUGUAUCUUGUAGAUAACAAACAAUCGAACUUGAGAGUUUCUUUACUUCCUAAAACCAAUAGUAAAAAAAAAAGACAUAAUUUCAAGAAAAAGCAAAAACAAGUAUGUGGGUACCCAUCUCCCGAGUUCGCAGCACUAACUAAGAACUCUUAUCAGAGGCUGAAAAGUUAUAACCAUAUCAAAGCGAUAAGCUUUACCAAGUUCAAAGUGUAAUCAACCUCAAAAAAUCAAAUGCUGCCAGAUGAAGAACAAGAUGAAAUUGAAACCUAACCUUCUGAAACAAAUUCUCCAAAAGAAAGAGAAAGUUUAGGCUUUCGAUUUGGAGUAGGGAUAAAGCUGAAAAGGCAUCGGGACGGUCAUAGAUGUUUUGCCCGUAGCUUACCUAGCAAGUAAGAGGCCCAUUCUAUGGGUCAGAUAUGACUCAGCGUCCAAAAGCAGAUGUGGACUGGUGACAUGGAAGGGAAAAUUAUCUUUAGGUACCUUCCGUUAGUAUUAUUGACGGAAAUGGUGACAUUGCAAUUAUUUUUCGAUUUAAAUGGUUUAGGUGCAACAAAUCGUACUUAGGUGGUCACCGUGCAACAAAUGGUAAACUUAAGUGGCAAUUAGUGCAAUUAACCCUUUAUAUGUAGAUGAAGAGGAUAGUGACCAAGAGAGAGCCGCCGCUUUACCUUAGGGUUUCUUAACAUUUAUUAGUUAAUUUGAAAAUGGGUGGGUGCGGGUUGUAAAAUUGGCGAUCCACAAACCAUCUCAAAUACCACCGAUUCGUCUUUCAUUCCUUCCAUCAAUUUGGAAUUGUAAUUUGCGACUAUAGGUUAAAAAACUAUUUACACUCACAAUGCCUAGGCGAAUAUGGCGCUAGGCAAGAUCAAAAUCUUUGCCUUAUGCCUUGUGCCUUCUUGAAACUUAGUUAUUAUCAGGCUUAGACCAUGUUUAUCCGUUGGAUAUUUUGUAAUUUUUGAACAAUUACCAAUACCAAUAUUGUAAAAUAAAUGGUUCGCUUAAUUUAUGGAUUAAACGUUAUUUAGUUUGAAAAUUUCUUUCAUUUUAAGUUUGUAACUAUUGAAAUUUUGUGAUCAUAUUAAAUAUAUGUUAUAAACCCACCGAAUCCACCCAACCACCCAACCCAGCCCACCCACAUUUAGGUGGUGUAAGCUUGACCUGGAAGACCCACUGACCCGUCCCAUACCCGAGGGUCGAGACGGGUCAGUUUGUCUACAAGGUCAAAUUAGGGACAGGUCAUUUGUUGGCCCUGUAAGGGUCAGGAUGGGUCACUUUUUGACCCAGUAACCCUUAGCAACAACAAAUAUCUCAUACCACAUAGGACUUUUUUUUGUAAAGUUUUAAAAGUUUAGGUACUAAAUUAUAAAAAAAUUUGUGGACCAAAAUGUAAUUUUACCAUCAAAAUUUAUAGACUUGUAUGUAAAAAAAUAAAAUUUAGGUACUAAAUUGUAAGAAAAAUAAUUUUGGGUACCAAAACGUAAUUUAUAAAAAAGUAGUGUGUUGAUUCGGGUAGACCCACUGACCCGACCUGUCUCGGCCCUUGAAGGUCAGACUGGGUCAAGAAGGAGACAAGGACGGACUGGUCAGUUAUACAUCUUGAACCUUCAGGCAUAGGUCAGAAAAGGGUUAGGGACGAGUCAGGGACGGGUCGAGACAAUUUUCAGCCCUAUCCACAUGUAAUGUUUGGGUGGGUGCAGGUCAUUUUCUCCUUCACCCACCACACAGUGGGUUGUUCCAAACCCACCCAAAUCCGAUUAAAGCCACCCACAACUCACCCCCUAGGUUCGGUGUGGAUCAAUACAGACCUCAGGGAUAGGGAUCGUCGCGAUGCAAAGAAUGGUAAGCAUGUUCGUCCGAUGGAUGUUGACGAGGAGCGGCCCAACCAAUCCCAUAACUUGGGACUCAAGGAGAAAACAACUCCUACUCACCGCAAGAAACCAGCCAUGAAGCGGCACGACCGUAGCCCGUGAAGGUUGCCUAUGCCGAAGUCCCCAAAAAUCAAGAUGGGAAGGGGGACUUUAUAGCCAAACUCCUCAGAAGGACAGCUCGACGGCUAGCCGAGGACAUUCCUCCAAUGCGAAUAUGGAGGAGGCUGAGGUUAUUGCAAGAAUGGAGCACCCUGCUGUUGUAAGAGGCGCACAGGCGCCGGGAGAAUCGGGAGCCAUCUCCUACCAAUCAAACAAGCCGUUUUGAAGUCCAGGCGAUGCAGGUCCCUCAACCUCUACCAUGUCGACAGGAACAACUUCACCAACGGAAGCUUAUCUUGGAUGACUUGGAUGAGGACUCCCUCACGAGGCCUAUACCAGGUCAAGCAAAACAUCAUGUUAGGACUGUGGCUAAGGUUAAGGGAAGGAGACUUAUUAAAUUAGCAAAUAAAGGUCACGUUGCUGGGGAAGAGGGUACCUCGCAGGGGAUAUUUCGACCUCGCCAGGGCAGCUCCCAGAAGACAACUGGGGGUGUGGAACCAGAACAAGUGGCGGCGGAGGAUUGCAUCCUAGAUGCAACCUGUCCCUUACCUCCACGGAAUAAUGGCCAGUCUCCUCAUAAGCGCGAAGCAGAGAUGGUAGCUGACUCGGAGACUUCCCUCUUCGAAGAGGAGGAUCCCUAUUUCAAACUCAAAAUCCGGGCACCUGAACCGGGUCUAAACAAGGGUACUCGCUCCAUUCGUGGUUGAUUUCAUCAGGUUGUCGUUGCUUUUGAAUCAGGGC